ACUAUGCCACCAUCUGAUUGGUCGAGCCGGGUUGUGCACGGCGAUGUCACAUGACAGAAACAGGAAGCAGCAGAGAUGAGUGCGGUGUAUGGUGGAGUGGAAGGGGGUGGGACUCACUCCAAAGCAGUCCUGCUCUCUGCUACAGGAGACAUCCUCGCUGAGACAGAUGGACCAUGCACCAACCACUGGUUGGUUGGUGUUGAUAAGUGUAUUGAGGGCAUCAAUGACAUGAUUCAGAAGGCAAAGAUCAGUGCAGGGUUGGACCCGGACUCGCCCAUUCAUUCUCUGGGCAUGUCACUGAGUGGUGGGGAGCAGAAGGCAGCCAUUCAGAAACUGAUUGAUGACAUGGCAGAGAGAUUUCCCAAACUAAGCAAAAGUUAUUACAUUACCACUGAUGCUAUUGGUGCCAUAGCAACAGCAACUGAUCAUGGUGGAAUAGUGGUGAUAUCAGGCACUGGUUCCAACUGCAAGCUGGUGAACCCUGAUGGCACUCAAGUGGGCUGUGGGGGAUGGGGCCACAUGAUGGGUGAUGAGGGGGCAGCAUUUUGGAUCUCUCAUCUUGCUGUAAAAACAGUGUUUGAUGCCAAAGAUAACCUGGCGAAGCCCCCACAUGAUAUCACCUAUGUUAAAAAGGCCAUGGAAGAGUACUUCCAGGUGUCGGAUCUGAUGGGCAUGCUUCCUCACCUGUACAGAAACUUCCAGAAAUCACACUUUGCCGGAUUCUGUAGAAAACUUGCUGAAGGUGCCAAUGCAGGUGAUGCCCUCUGUCGUUAUGUGUUUACCCAGGCUGGUAAAGUCCUGGCACAGCACAUUGUAGCAGUUCUUCCAAAAGCACACCAGGAGCUUUUCUCAGGGGAGUUGGGUUUGCCUAUUCUGUGUGUGGGGUCUGUAUGGAAAAGCUGGGAGCUGCUAAAGGAUGGUUUCACUCAGGUGCUGUCUCAGAACCAAGCUCACUACAGCCAUUUCCACAAAUACAGCCUUCUUACCUUGUGUCAGUCGUCUGCUUUGGGUGGUGCCAAGCUGGGGGCUCAGAAUGCAGGGGCCACACUCCCCCUGGACUACUCCACAAGCGCCAAUGUGUUCUUCAGCAACUCUUUCACCAAUCAGUGACCGGGAUGAAUAUGCAUCAUAGAAGACUAUUAAAGAAACAUGACUUCAAUCAGAAAUCAUGGUGGGACCAUUGUUCUUGUUUUGCAGAUGCAUCUCCAGCCCUGUUGUUACAGUUCAGUAAAAUCCCUUAAAAGUUCCCCUAGUCACUUCCACUUAGGAAAAUCCAUGUAGUCAGAAUGCACAGUUAACUUCUUAAUGACGUGCCUAUUAAAUAUGCCUUUUGUUUGAGCCUAUAUAGUUCAAUGCAUUAACAAUACAAUAACUAGAGGACAUAAAAACACUUCAGGAAACAGAAGUUGUAAAAAAAAAAAAGGCCUGGCCUGUCACAGGGCUGAGAUGCAUCUGUCUUCCAGAGCUCUAACUAAAAUGCUGUGUAUGUUUUAUAUUUUUAUACAGUAUGUAAACCUAUUCUUACAAUAAACCUCUGCACGAACCACUUUGGGGCAUAAAAUA